CGGGGGCGCGGUUGUCUCGCUGCGCAGUCAGCGUUGCCCAAAUUCCUGAUUUGUCGUAGGAAGACAUUCCCCGCAAGGGUAUUUCAGGGAUGUACAGCUAAAGGAUAAGCCUUCUAUGAAAGUAUGAAGAGGUGCCUCACUGAGGAGCAAAGAGGGACGGCAAACUGCUGUCAGUAGUUAACUCUGAAUGACUUCACAACUUCUAAGUCGUGAUACCAAGUCAGGAGACAAAAUCAGCGUGCCCUGGGACACUGCUGGUCGCCUGCUGAUGCGGAAAUUAAUUUCAGAAGAGCUGUGCAUACCUUGGAAUGAAGUACACUUGCAAAGGACAUCAAAAGGAAAACCUUUCCUGGCCAAUAACUUACUCGGUAGCAAUUCAAAUUACAACUUCAAUGUCUCUCAUCAAGGAGAUUAUGCAGUCCUUGCAGCUGAGCCUGAGCUUCAAGUUGGCAUUGAUAUUAUGAAGACUGAUUUACCAGGUAGUAGCUCAAUUCCAAAUUUCUUUCACAUAAUGAAGCGACAGUUUACUGAAACGGAGUGGGAUGUAAUCAAGUCUAUGAGUAAUGAAUGGAUGCAGCUGGAUAUGUUUUAUCGGCACUGGGCCUUAAAAGAAAGCUUCUUAAAGGCCGUUGGAGUUGGAAUUGGCUUUAACUUGCAGAGAAUCGAAUUUAAUGUGUCUCCAUUGCAACUGGAAAUAGGGAAGGUGUAUAAGGAGACAAAAAUGCUUCUGGAUGGAGAAAAAGAAGAGGAGUGGACAUUUGAGGAGACCCGCUUGGAUGACCAUCAUCAUGUUGCAGUGGCACUUGGGAAACAGGAGGGAUUUGUACAGAAAGAUUCUGAUGUCCAUUCCAUGGAGCCUAACCAGCCGCAAUUUACAGUAUUGACUUUUGAAGAUUUAGUUGCAUCUGGUAUUCCAGUCACACCUGAGGAUUCUGCAUAUUGGGACAAUUUCUGUUCAAAGCAGGAGGGUCCAGUGAAACAGAGUUCACAUUCAAGAUGAGACUGUGUAUAAAAAAAAAGCUUGUCAAAAUUCUUAUGCUUUUACCCUGUUUAAUUUGAAGUAUGGGAAUAAGUGCACAUACGUAAAUGAAACGUGUAUUUCCCUGUUUAAGCAGACGUUUUAUGACACUUCGUUGGAAUUGUAAGGAAGACGUUUCCUUACUGAAGGAAUUCUGAAUGGAAAGCCUAAAACAUGCCUUUUUGCAUCUCCUUGCCUGUGGUUCUUGCACUUCAGUAAUUAUCCAGGCUAGGAACAGAAAGCAGUUGUACAAUAAUGUUGUUUAUUAGCAAACGAGUGUUUAGUAUAUGAAAAUGUGUUUCCAUACUUAUUUAUGCUGAAGCUUAAAUUAUGAUACUGCUUUUUCUCUUACAAAAAUUAUUCAUUUAUUCUCAGAUGGACAGAUAAAGUCAGGAGAAUUGGUACAAAUUCUUAUGCUGUUAUUGUGUAGUGCAAGUGUUUGUACAACACUUGGUGUUUGUGUAAUGCCAGGCUGAAAAGGUCUGAGUCUUAGUAGUCUUGGAGCUACGUGUGUGCAAAAAAAUGUUUGAGAAAGGGAAUUAACUUACAAAUAAUUCAUAGUGUUUUCACUUCUUAUCUUUCUUAAUUAAAGCUGCCUGUAUGCAACUUAGUAUUUGUCUUUUAACAGUUCUUUUUUUGUAUUUUUUUCCCUCAGUGAUAGAUGCAAGCCAAGCAGCAUUUCAAUUUUCCUAGGCUUACAUUUGCAUCAGUCAUAGGGGGAAACCUCAAAGAAAAAAAGUAAACUAUUUACUUUUUUACAAAUAGUCUUUUAACAUCUGAUGACAGAACAUUGUACUGUCCUAACAACUGGAGAUGUGUAGAUCUCCAUCUAAAAUAUUUUGUCUUCUGUUUCAAAACAAAUCCUGUUUUGUGCCAUUACCUCUCACUCUUCUUUCUCGAAAUCAUAGAUAAAAGUGGUCCAUCUAAAUUUAAGAAAACAUACUGAACAGAAUGAUCUUUGCACAAAAAUAAUUACCUUCUGUCCUGCAGUUAAAAAUAGAUCUUCAUUGAAUUUGGGGUUGUGUACAACAAUGCUGCACCCUGUAUUCUGGUGUAUACCAUGAAAAAGAGACUCGUAAUGUAACCAAAGAAUCUAUGCCUUAUUACAAAUAUGAAGAAAAGUUUGUGAGAGAGGAUGAUUUUUACAACCAUUACACAAGCAUUUAGAGUUCUGCUAUAGGUAAUUCUGAAUUCAGACAUGCUUUUGAACUCUCCUGCUUCCAGUGCUGAUUAAUAUCUUUGUUUCCAUUUCUAUGACUUUUUCAUCCUGUAUGCUAAUCAUAGUUUUUUAGUGGUUUGCUCUUUUUUUCCCUUCAAAACUACUAAUCAGUGAAGCAAUGACUCCAGACUCCAUAGGGGCUAAAUUAGAUGUUCAGUAAAUUCAAAUCUGAAGUUAAAAAAAAUACAGAAUAUUUUAUAUGCACAUUCUAAGUCAUGUAUUCCAGAUUGUUUGUCUUUUAGAAAAAUGAAAUUCAACUUUCAAUAAAUAAUUUGCAAUCCACAGAGGUCCAGUAUAUGCCAAUCAGUCACUGGAGCCAUCAAUUGCAGCUUUGCUAAACAGUUUGAGGUUGCGAACUUUUUUGCUAGGACAAUGAAUCGAAUUGCAAAUAUGGGAUGAGCUGAAUAGAGAAAUUCCAGAUCUAGAUUUCUGGGGAUAUGAGAUUUAAUUCCAUAUUAGAGAUUAGAUAUUUUUGCAUGGAAGCAGCAUCUCAAACUUGAAAUUUUCUUUCAUUGGAAAGAAUUUUAAAAGUAUUAAUGAAAUUAUUUAUAAUAUUGUGCUUGCAUCUAAGUAGAGGACAAGCCAAUUUUGUUAAAUUAGCAAAUUGUGCUUGGUUUUCUUGCAAGGCAUGUGAUAUCUAAUUAGAUAAACCUAAAAGAGUUUGAUUUGGUUAGUUUUCCAUGAAAUAAAAUCUUAGUUUAGUGUGGUUCAUAAAGAAUUGUCUAGAAG